AUGGAUCGAUCCACGACAGUAAAGCGCGUGGACGGCCGUCCCAGCGUGUCGCGCACAAAUACUUCAUCAAGCCCAGCAGCUCCAACGACACCCGCCUCGCAGAAGUCGAACCCUUUCGAGGAGCGCGCCGAGCCCAAAUCUGACUAUCUUCGCAAACUUCUAGCGGAGAAACGCGAGAAGGCUGCGCGCCAGAGCGAGGAACCAGAAACCCCGAAACCCAAGGGAAGAGAUGAUUGGAUAUUCGAGUCUGACGACGAGGAUUCUGCCCAACGCUCACGGCGCGCGCGCAGAGGAAGCGACCGAUUUUCAGCUUCGAGGAGUCCUUCUGUCGCACGUCACUAUCCGGUAACCUCCAGGGAGCAUCAGGAGCGUCUCGACAGGCUUCAGAAAGAGAAUUUCGACAUCAAGCUUCGCUUCCAGCUGCAGGAGGAGCACGUCAAGAAACUGGAGAGGAAACUGGGCGAGGCGCUAGAGGAGGCCAAGAUGAAGAAAGACCUGGAACACGACGUCGCAGACCUUGUGCACGAUAACGAUGAGCUGGCAAAGCAAGUGAACAAGCUAGAAAAGGAGGUUGAACAAGUCAAGGGGAUCAAUGCUGAGGUCACCGCACUAAACGAUGACCUUUUCGACGAGCUGACGAAGCGUGACUCUGAUCUCGGAGAGGCUACAGACAUGGUGCUGAAGCUGGAGACCGAGAUCGAGAACCUCAAGGCCGCGCUGGCAGAAGCACAGAAGCACAUUACCCCUCGCCAGUCAUCGGAAUUCUCAGGCUACUACAGCAGCAGUCCCCAGAUCGAUUCUCCCGCUCGGACCGCGGGCAGCACUCCAGCGCAAGCCGAGCUCGACAGCCUGCCCACUCCACCAGCAACCAUCCCAAGACGCGACAUCUUCAGCCCCCUCCAACAUGACCCCCGCCAACCUCGCCCGCUCACACUCCGCUUGAAGAAUAUGGUCAGCAAGAACUCCCUCACCACCAAAAGGCUCACCACCCGCGCCUCCUUCAGCUCCUCGAACGCGGACACAGAAGCCGAGGGCGACACUCUCCGCUCCAUCCCCGAAGUCCUGGAACGCAGCCGAAUCCCCCGUCCCGGCGAGCAGCGCUGGCGACCUCAGGGUGGCGCACCUGCCGCCACGCCGCACAACAACGGGGCGCAGCACCUUGCACCCGCCCCAGCACUGGCGCAUACCCGCCCACCUACCUCUUCCACAUCCUCAAGUAAGCCAACCAAACCCAGAUUCUCAACCCUUCACCCGCUCAACAUGCCUCUAGUCCCCUCCUUCUCCGACGAAGAUUCCUCGCCCGAGACCCCGACUCCCAUAGCCAGCCAGUACCCGAACCAGCUCAAGCACGCCUCUUACCACACCCACGACAGCACCCGCACCCGCACCCGCACCCGCACCGCCCGCCAAGACAGCCACUUCCCCUCGCGCAGGACCAGCGCCUCAGACGCCUCAGACGCCUCACCACCGUACCCCCUUAACCCGAACCCAAACCCGAACCCCUAUCCCGAAUACCCGCACCAGCGCCAACGGAGCCGCCAGAGGGCCGAAUGGGACAUCUUCUCCAACCGCUCCGACAGCAGCGUGGCGAGCGUAGCCAGCGCCGCUGCAUCCACUCCCGCCUCGCUGCAGCGCGAGCCAACGCUUGUGCCCGUGCCGCCGAGUAUCGACGAGGACGACAGCAUCUACGACGUCCCCACGCUGCAUACCGCGGGGUUCGCGAGGGGGUUUAGGAGCGUGAGUGGCGGGGAGCGGGAGAGGGAGAGGGAUGUGGGGAGGAAUUUCUUCUUCAAUGGGUAUUAG